GGCUACGGCCCAAAUUGGAUGCUUCGGCCUUCGGUUGUGGAGUUGCCAAAUGCCAAGGGCCCAAGGCUGAAGGCGCAGUCUCACUCACCGCAAUCCCUCCCGCCGUCGGUCGCCGGCCGCCGGCCGCUCCCGACGCUAUGCUCCGCCUCCGAAAUUGCAUUCUUCCACACCUACUCUCCUCGUCCCGCCGCUCAACCUCCUGCAUCGCCCCCCUCCAUCGCCUCCUCUGCGGUUCCGCCGCCGCCGCGAGCAGCCCCUUCACGGUCGCCGACUACCUCGUCGCCAGAUGCGGCCUCUCCGGAGAGCAGGCCCUCAAGGCAUCCAAAAGUAUCCCCGGACUCAGCUCUCCCUCGAAGCCCGACGCCGUGCUCGCCUUCCUGGCCGGCCUCGACAUCUCCGGCACCGACCUCGCCACCGUCGUCGCCAAAGAUCCCAGACUCCUCUGCGUCGACGUGGGGAAGACCUUGGCCCCCCGCGUCGCCGAGCUCCGCAGCCUCGGCCUGUCGAGCCACCAGGUCGGCCAGGUAGUACUCGCCGCUCAGGCCCGGAUCCGCAGCCGCUCGCUCCUCCGCAAUUUUGAAUUCUGGCUUGGGGUCUUCGGCUCCUUCGACGAGCUCCUGCGGUUCGUCAAGAUGAACGGCAGCCUCCUCAGCACCAACCUCGACAAGGUCGCCAAGCCCAACCUGGCCCUUCUUCAGCGAUGCGGGAUGCAGAUUUCCGAUAUCCCCAGCACUUUCUUGUCCCGGAUACUUGUCAGGAGCAAUGAGCACCUCCAGGAAACUCUGGCACGCGUUGCCGAGUUUGGAAUCCAGCAGGGCACGUGGGCUUUCCCCUUCGCGUUCAUGAGGUUUGCGAUCUUCAACCGUGAGAAGCUCGAGAGUAAUAUACAGCUGUUUGAGAAGCUUGGCUGGUCGAGGGAUGAUAUAGCGUCAGCAGUGAGGAAGGCGCCGAAUAUCCUGAACUUAGCUCCGGAAAGGGUUCGCAAAAGCUUGGAUUUUCUAAUGGGUGAUGUUGGGUUGCAGAUGCCAGACAUUGUGUAUCGGCCAGUGUUGCUAUUGUAUAGUGUGGAGCGUCGGUUGUUGCCGCGCUAUUACUUGAUGAAAUUUCUCGAGGACAAGGGAUUGGUGACUUCUAGUUUCAGCUUCUAUACUAUUGCAGUGAUGGGCAAUGAUAAUCUCCUGGCUAAACUUGUGCACCCGCACGAGAUGAGUGUCCCAGGUCUUGCUGCUGCUUAUGCUUCUAGCUGUGCUGGAAAACACCAGUGGGAGCUCCUUGGUGGCCUGACAGAGGGAAAGAGAAAGAGCUAAGACUUGUUCUGGUAACUAGUUCUGUAAAGAAUAUCUUCUAAGGUGGCCUAUACGUCAAUCAUCAAAGGACAUUGGGUUUGAGGAACUGCAUACACCAUGAAGAGGACAGUGCUGCAUUUGUGUGACUUUGGGCAUGAACUGUUACUUCAGGCUUUGCUUUCACAAGGUUCUCGGAGCAAUGUGAUUUUUGAACACGUUCUAGGCUACUGUUUGACAGCCUCGCUCGUUGAGGAAAAAGAUUCUAAAUUUUGUCCUUUGUAUACUUCAGUGAAAAGCUUGAGGAUGCGGGUGUGGAAUUUUUGCAGAAAGCAAUCUGAUUCUGCUUUAUUUAAGUGGGGAUUGCGGAUUUGCGGUUUCUAAAUUCUAAAGCUGCCAACAGUAGAUUUUAGAGUUCUGAACUGAGAUUAGGUUGGAUUAUGAAAUUCUACUGACAAAUGAGUUGUUGGAGGUGUAUACUAUACUUAAAAAACAUGUUUUCA